AUGGAGCAGUCGUGUCUGUCAGUGGUCCAAGUGCCGUUACCGCAUCCAGAUAAGGGGAUAAUAUUUUGCUUCACUAGAUCAGACGUCGAACGAUUGGCUGGAAUCAUAGCCCACCACUCGGGCCAAGACGUUGCUCGCUAUCAUAGCGGAAUGAGCCACCUCGACCGCGCGGAAAACGUGGAAAAGUGGAAAUCUACUGCGUGUUCUUACAUCGUAGCAACGUCUGGUUUCGGGCAGGGUGUGGACUACCCAUCAGUCCGAAUCGUGAUUCACUAUGGAUUGACACAUAGUUUGAUUGAUUACGCUCAAGAAACCGGACGUGCAGGACGUGACAACAAACCGGCUGAUUGUAUUGCAAUUUACUCGGAUGCGUACACUCUUCGAUUUAAAAAUCUCGUUCCAAAAGCAUCCGAAAGGGAUGCACGCGCCCUUGCAGGAAGCAAUGGACGGAUCAAGCCUUCCGUGUACUGCUAG